AUGAAGUUCUACACACUCUUGUCGCUAUUCACGGCCCUGGCUUCGGCCCUUCCGGUCAGCGAUGAGCAACCUCGUGCGCUCGAGGCCCGCCAGUUCUCCAGCCGAAAUGACCUCGAGCGCGGCUCCUCCGCCGCUUGCCCCCGCGUGAUCUUCAUCUAUGCCCGCGCUACCGGCGAGCCCGGCAACAUGGGCACAUCCGCUGGCCCCGCCGUGGCACGCGUCCUGGAAGCCCAAUACCGCAAUGCCGUCUGGGUCCAGGGCGUCGGCGGCGCCUACCGCGCAGACCUCCUCUCGAACCUCCAGCCUGCCGGUGCGUCCGGCGCCGCCAUCGCCGAGGCCCGCCGCCUGCUCGACCUCGCGGCCUCCAAGUGCCCGUCCGCCCGCGUCGUCACGGGCGGCUACAGCCAGGGGUCGGCCGUCAUGGCCGGUGCGCUGGGCGGUGCGUCACAGCGGACGAAGAGCCAGGUACAGGGCGUCGUUCUGUUCGGGUACACGCGCAACGCGCAGACCGGGGGCCGCGUGCCGGGGUUCCCGGUCGAGAGGACGAGGGUCUUCUGCCGGGCUGGGGACAUGGUCUGUCGUGGGUCGUUGAUGGUUGGACCGGCGCAUUUCGGGUAUGCGGGCGACGCUGCUGGGCCGGCGCCGCAGUUUUUGAUUCAGAGGAUCGGGGCCUAG